AUGUCCAAGUGGAAGCCAGAACAGGUCCCUAUUGCCGAGAAGAUAAACAAGCUGGGAAUCUGGCGGGCCCACCCCGAUUCCCAGAGUUUGCUAUUAAAAAGGAUAAAAGCCAGCAACUUCUGGGUCAGACAGUUCAUCAAGCGAUACAAGCAGCCAGCCUCUGGAGCAACACAUCAGGAAAAUAACUCAGCGAACAGUCGAAAGUGCGCACACCAAGAUAACGAAUUUCCAAAAUUCCUAUUUUCCGCGUCCAAAGAGAGCCCAGGAGUGGACGACCCUUCGGCCAGCGUCACCAGUACCAGUGACAAAAAGCGCACCAGGAAAAUUUCGUCUCAAUCUCCCCAAAAUGAUCACGAUAAUGAUGCGGGUGGUCGCGACAACAUUGCAAGUCGUAACUUGGCUAGCGAUAGCUCAGACGAAGCCAACGAGAGUGAAAGCGAGCGCGGUAGCAUCACCAGCGAAAUGCAAUGA